ACGGAGGCCGCGAACGGGUAGAAAACAAACCAACAAACAAACUAGGUGGUAAACACUGCUCCGUGCCACCUGAGCACAAAGUCACCAACCGCAAGGCUCUAAUUUGAUGAGACUUCUUUGGGAAUUGUGGGAGGAAAUUCCGGACUGUCGUGACGUCAGAUGGUGUGAGAUUUUUUUGGCGGGACCCUGAGAGAGAAGAGAGAGAUUGGAGCGAUGUUGAAUGUGUCUAUGGCGACGUCGGAAGUGCGAUCACCGGCGCACGCACGCACACCGCGGGCCGGGAGUGGCAGCAGUAUGGCCGAAGAGAAGGACACCCAGCCGCGUGGGUUUGCCCGCAAAGGUGCUCUCAGACAGAAGAACGUCCACGAAGUCAAGGACCAUAAGUUUAUCGCCAGGUUCUUCAAGCAACCGACGUUCUGCAGCCACUGCAAGGAUUUUAUCUGGGGAUUCGGCAAACAAGGCUUCCAGUGUCAAGUAUGCAGCUUUGUUGUGCACAAGCGAUGCCACGAAUACGUGACUUUCCAGUGCCCGGGUGCGGACGCGGGACCAGAUUCAGACGACCCUCGCAGCAAGCACAAGUUCAAAGUUCACACCUAUGGUAGUCCCACCUUCUGUGACCACUGUGGGUCCUUGCUGUAUGGGCUGCUCCACCAGGGCAUGAAAUGUGACUCAUGUGAUAUGAACGUGCAUGGCCGGUGCCAGCACAUGGUCCCAAACCUUUGCGGUUCUGAUUUCACUGAGAGGAGAGGGCGAAUCCAGCUCAAGUGCAAAGUCAAUGAUGGGAAAUUGACAGUAGAAGUCCAGGAAGCCAAGAACCUGAUUCCAAUGGACCCCAACGGCCUGUCAGAUCCGUAUGUCAAACUGAAACUCAUCCCAGACCCCAAGAACGAAAGCAAGAAGAAGACAAAGACCCUGAAGGCUACCCUAAAUCCACAGUGGUUUGAAAAAUUUGACUUCAAACUAAAAGAUGAAUACAAGGACAGACGAUUGUCGAUCGAGGUGUGGGACUGGGACCGCACUUCCAGAAACGACUUCAUGGGGGCGCUGUCGUUCGGUGUCCAAGAACUGAUCAAGAUGCCUGCCGAGGGCUGGUUUAAACUGUUGAACCAAGAGGAAGGGGAGUAUUACAACGUACCCAUUGCCGAUGAAGAGGAAAAUGUCGCUAAACUCAAGGAGCAGCUGCAGAAGCAAAAGUUGGAUGAGCAGCAAAAGCAGAAAUCCAAACGCUCUGAAGAAGUUAAUAUCGGCAGCCUGGAGCAUAUGAGAGCCUCUGAUUUCAACUUUCUCAUGGUGUUGGGAAAGGGCAGCUUUGGAAAGGUGAUGCUCGCCGAGAAGAAGGGUGUUGAGGAGUUGUACGCCAUCAAAAUCCUGAAGAAGGAUGUGAUUGUCCAAGACGACGAUGUAGAAUGUACCAUGGUGGAGAAGAGGGUUCUCGCCUUGAGAGACAAACCACCAUUUCUGGUCCAGCUGCACUCCUGCUUCCAAACAAUGGAUCGGCUGUACUUCGUGAUGGAGUUUGUAAACGGGGGUGAUCUGAUGUACCAGAUCCAGCAGUGUGGGAAGUUCAAAGAGCCGCAUGCUGUGUUCUAUGCAGCAGAGAUUGCUAUUGGCUUGUUCUACCUGCACAGCAAGGGGACCAUUUACAGAGAUCUCAAACUAGACAACGUGAUGCUUGAUUCUGACGGUCACAUCAAGAUAGCAGAUUUUGGCAUGUGUAAAGAAAACAUGGCAGAGGGAGCAAAGACAAGAACUUUCUGUGGAACACCUGAUUACAUUGCCCCUGAGAUUGUAGCCUACCAGCCCUAUGACAAGAUGGUAGACUGGUGGGCCUUCGGAGUUCUUCUGUAUGAAAUGCUGGCUGGACAGCCCCCCUUUGAUGGUGAGGAUGAAGACGAGUUGUUCCAGUCUAUUCUGGAGCACAAUGUGUCCUACCCCAAGUCCAUGUCCAAGGAAGCUGUAUCAAUCUGCAAGGGGUUCAUGACCAAGCACCCCACCAAGCGACUAGGGUUUGGCGCAGAAGGAGAGCGGGACAUUAAGGAGCAUGUUUUCUUCCGCCGCAUCGACUGGGACAGACUAGCUGUCCGAGAGAUCCAACCACCAUUCAAACCAAAAAUUACCUCCUCAAAAGCAGCAGAUAAUUUUGACAAGCAUUUCAAGAGGGCGCCGGUCACGCUUACGCCUACAGACGAAGCCAUCAUCUGUAACCUCGAUGGCACAGAAUUUGGUGGCUUCACCUUCACAAACCCGUAUUUCAAACAGACGGCAUCACAAGCCAACCAUAGCUAAAAACAAUAGAGAUGCCAGCAACUUCGAUAAGGAGUUUACACAAGAGCCCACCACCCUCACCCCUACGGACAAGCUGCUCAUUAUGAACCUGGACCAAUCAGAAUUCGACGGUUUCUCCUACACAAACCCAGAUUUUACCCAACAUUAGUAGGGAGGAAACAUACGCCCUCACAUAGAGAUGGGUAAGAUGUGUUGUAAAGCUUUGUGAGAUCUCAAACAAAAAGUGUAUCGUGAGCAUGUUUACAGACCCGCACGUCCGUGCUUAUUCCAAUGUGUUGUGAGGUAACGUUAAUACUGAACAUAGCAGGGAUAAAAUUUAUGGUGCAGGUGACGUAAACAUAACACAACCGUUACAACAAGAAUAAGGUGAUGGGGUAGAAAAUUAAAAUAUGCACCAACCGGUGACGUGGAAUUGGAAAUGUAAAAAGUAGAAAUUAGCAUUCCAGUAAAUAAUAAAACAGGCAAAUUAUACGUUGAAGUUUGUAUUAUCACUACUUGAUUGAGUUGCAAUGACUUCUAGGUGUAAAGAUUUCUUGUGAACAAAGAUUUGUUUCUUUCAGAAGUUGCAAAUGAUGAAUUAUGUGCAAUAUAUGGCUAAAACAUGACUUGUAUAACAUGUUGUGAUGUAGCGAAACACUAGUAGAAUUCGAGAUUAAAAUACUAGUAACAGUUGUAACACAAUUCAUACAUUUUGAGAGAAAGUUUUAAACGGUACACUUGUCCAUGGGAAUCAAAUAGACAUGUAACGCUUAUAAUUUCUUGACGCAACUUAAAUGUAUUUUUAGGCAGGAAAGUAUUCAAUGGCAGUAACAAGUUGGUAAUGAACUAAAUUUCAUUUGUAUGUUUUAGGGGUAUCUCUGGUCUAAAGCAUGUGCAAGGGACUUAAAUUGAAAUAAUUGAUAAAAGCUAUAAACAAAAGCUAUGGUGGUAUUUCCAAUGCAGGUAUAAGAUGGGAAUGUGCAAUUUAUUAUAGCACAUCUAGAAUUUCUAUAAGUUGUUCAGCUCUGUCUAACUUCUCUAGGUUAAAUUUGGACUUAUUUAGAAAGAAUGAUUCCCCUUUGAUACAAAGUUUUAGAUUUUUUUCUUCCUAAUUUUUCUUUAUCAGCCCUCAGGCCACAUAAGUUACUAAGCUUUUCUGGUUUAAAUACAAACAGGAUUUUAUAUUAUUAUUAUUAGCUGUCAAUCAGAAUAUCUUGCCACUAGUGCUCAAAGGUACAAGCUUGGACAACUAACCAGGGAAUGCAAGACGAUAGCACUCCGAUACCAUUAGCCAUGCAUUCAAGCCCUGACUUCUUUAAGCCAUAUUUCUCAGGAUUCUGACCUUGGCAUUGUGGCUUAUGCUUGACAUUGUCAUUUCUUUUCAUUUCUAGACAACUCAGUAUCGGCUUGCAUGUGAUGGCUUUAAACAUUUUUUACUGAAUUCUCGUGCCGUUUAGGAUUGAACUGAAAGGGGGCAUGCAUGCACAGUUUCAACAUCAGCAUUGGCAUUACAUAUCACCAUCUCUGUUUCCUAUGUUUUUAGAAUUUUUAAGUUUUUAUGUUAUACUGUGCGAACAUUUUUAUUUUUACAUAUAGUUUUCUCAUGUGUGGAGUUAGCAAACUGUAGUUGGUAUAAAUUUUUGGGUUUUCAUUUAACACAUUAGUUUUUCAGUUGUUCCCCGCAUGCAUAUGUGACUGAUCAAAAUGAAGAGGAAAGGAAAGUCAUUUCAUAACUAUGCCAAAAAUAUUGAUUUCAAUGUCUUAUCAAGAAAUUAUGGAAAUAUGGUGGAACAUGUGUUGUUAUUCCAUAAAUAGCUGCUGGUUUAAGUUGAAUUUCUAUCGGUGAUUAUAAAUAAGAACUUGGAUGUAUGUAUUUGAAUUGUUUUUGUAUUGCUCUGCAUAUACUGAGUUUUUGUAUCCACAAGAAGUAGUGUGAAACUU